CUUCCAAUAAGCGGUGAUGUACUAUUGCGCGUAUGCUUAACGCCAUUCAAACCUUCUAUCAAUACCUGAUAACACUCGCAACAAUGUCUGCGACUCCCUCUAUUGCAAAACCUCUUCAGGACGAUGUAAAAGGAAGAGGAAACAUCUCUGUUGCAGGUUCAACAGAUGCAGUCGCAUUCUUGGCUUCGAGAUGGAAAGCAGUAGAGGCAGCAAGUCAAAAUAAUGCUAUCCCACCACAAGAACGACCACAAAUCUUAAAGGAAAAGGCAGCAGCAGCCAACACACCCACUCCCGCUUCUAAUACCACAGCACCCAUCCCAUCCAAACCGGCCAGUGGAGCAUCAAGCGGAUCAUCUACACCCGCCAAAGGAUCUCCUUGGACGGGAGGAAGACGUCAUUGAUUCCAAUCCAUCAUCAUUCACAUAAUGUAUCAUACAGUAAAAGCUAAGCAUUCAUUAAAUGGACAAUAUGUUCACUCCC